ACGAGAGAGGAAAAAAAAAAAAAAAAAAAGACUUUUACAACUGCCUGGAAGAAAGGGGUGUGAGGGAGGAGACAUUCCUGUGCAGAGCUGACCAAAGACAAGAGUAGGCAUCAGUGCAGUAUGAAUGCAUACCUCACCAAGCAACACAGCUGCAGCCGGGGGUCCGAUGGGAUGGAUGCCGGCAGGAACGCACCCACACUGAUCAGGGAUGCCCACUGCGCUUGUGGCUGGCAGAGGAGUCCUCAGGGGCUCGGGUACAAUUCUCAGACUAUGCCCUCCUCGGGACCUGGGGGCCCAGCUUCAAACAGGACCAAGCUGGUCACCUUGUGGGACAGUGUGCGGAAAAGCUCCCACAAGACGAGCACCAAGGGCAAAGGGACUUGUGGGGAGCAUUGUGCCUGCCCACAUGGCUGGUUCAGCCCAGCACAGGCCAGCCCUGCUCCUAUAAUUGUCAACACAGAUACUUUGGACACGAUUCCUUAUGUCAAUGGGACAGAAAUUGAAUAUGAGUUUGAAGAAAUUACACUGGAGAGGGGGAAUUCUGGCCUGGGAUUCAGUAUUGCUGGAGGGACAGAUAAUCCCCACAUUGGAGAUGACCCUGGCAUAUUUAUUACGAAGAUUAUACCUGGAGGUGCUGCAGCAGAGGAUGGCAGACUCAGGGUCAAUGAUUGUAUCUUACGGGUGAACGAGGUGGAUGUGUCAGAGGUUUCCCACAGUAAAGCAGUGGAAGCGCUCAAAGAAGCAGGGUCUAUCGUUCGGCUGUACGUGCGUAGAAGACGACCCAUUUUGGAGACUGUUGUGGAAAUCAAACUGUUCAAAGGGCCUAAAGGUUUAGGCUUCAGUAUUGCAGGAGGUGUGGGGAACCAACACAUUCCUGGAGACAACAGCAUUUAUGUAACUAAAAUUAUAGAUGGAGGAGCUGCACAGAAAGAUGGAAGGUUGCAAGUAGGAGACAGACUACUAAUGGUAAACAAUUACAGUUUAGAAGAAGUAACACAUGAAGAGGCGGUAGCAAUAUUGAAGAACACGUCAGAUGUAGUUUAUCUAAAAGUUGGCAAAGCCACCACCAUUUAUAUGACUGACCCUUACGGUCCACCUGAUAUUACUCACUCUUAUUCUCCACCAAUGGGAAACCAUCUCCUCUCUGGCAACAAUGGCACUUUAGAAUACAAAACCUCCCUGCCGCCCAUCUCUCCAGGAAGGUACUCACCAAUUCCAAAGCACAUGCUUGUUGAAGACGAUUAUACCAGGCCUCCGGAACCUGUUUACAGCACUGUGAACAAACUGUGCGAUAAGCCUGCUUCUCCCAGGCACUAUUCCCCUGUUGAGUGUGACAAAAGCUUCCUUCUCUCAGCUCCCUACCCCCACUACCACCUAGGCCUGCUCCCUGACUCUGAGAUGACCAGUCAUUCCCAACACAGCACUACAACCCGCCAGCCCUCAGUGACUCUCCAACGGGCCAUCUCCCUGGAAGGGGAGCCCCGCAAGGUGGUCCUGCACAAAGGCUCCACUGGCCUGGGCUUCAACAUCGUGGGCGGGGAAGAUGGAGAAGGUAUUUUUGUAUCCUUCAUUCUGGCUGGUGGACCAGCAGACCUGAGUGGGGAGCUCCAGAGAGGAGACCAGAUCCUAUCUGUGAAUGGCAUUGACCUUCGUGGAGCAUCUCAUGAACAGGCUGCUGCAGCACUAAAGGGGGCUGGACAGACGGUGACGAUUAUAGCACAAUACCAACCUGAAGAUUACGCUCGAUUUGAGGCCAAAAUCCAUGACCUACGAGAGCAGAUGAUGAACCACAGCAUGAGCUCCGGGUCCGGGUCCCUGCGAACCAAUCAGAAACGCUCUCUCUAUGUCAGGUAGGCACAGCAGGGCCAAGAAGGGAGCAGGAUUCCAGAAGGCGGCAGGUUCUCGAAGGCCUUGAUUUGCUGGCCUCUCUGACAAGCAUAGAGUCCCUUCUUAUUCCAGGGAGUUCCAGUACCUCAGAAGUCCUGAGAUUUAAAAUAAAAAAAACCCAGAAUAUCAAUGUCCCAAAUUUGUUCAACUGCAUUUUGGAAGAUUAUUUUGAUACAUUUCUGUGUAAUCUGUGAAAGGAACUAUUGAGGACCACCCUAGAACAUGUCUUGUAGUGACGUCACAAAUAUGAUGGAAAGUAGCUGUUUCUGUUCUCCUUACUUGUGUUGUAUUGCUAUUCUUUGUGAUAUAAAAUAUUUUCUAAUCUUGAAAUGUUUUAGUCUUGGGUAGCAAAUUAGGAAAAGCCAAUUAGGUUAGUAGGUUAGAGAUAAAUCAGCUAAUAAAAAUGGAAUGGUUAUAUAGAAUAAAACUGGAAGGAAACAUUACCAUAUUGUUGGUAUCUUGUUAAAAAAUAGAAUGCAUAAAAAUGUCAAUGUACUGGAAGGAGUUUGCCAAAAAUAUACUGGUAAUAGCUUAGUCCUUUUAAUUAAGUUGUGGAGGAUUAGGAAAAUUAAAUGAAGUGCUAUGAUGCUAUUAUAUAAGAUUAAUAGACUUAUUUGAAAUAGUAGUGUUACUCAGAAUCAGACCUUUAUUCUCUAAAAUGGUAAAUAAAACUAUAACAUACAAAAGAGAUGAAGACUUAAGGUAAUAAAGAAUGUUACCUUGUUAACAUUCUAAUAGUUGGAGGUCAUAUUGAAAGGAGGAACUACUUUUAAAUGAGGCUCAAAAAUAGCUGACACUUCAUGGGAAAUUUCCCAAAUUAUUUCUUCACAAGAUACCAAAAGUGUCUUGUAGAGGGCCGACCUCAGUAUCUAAAUGACUUUUAGAGGCAUAGAAUUGAAAAAGAUAUGGACCAUGAAUAGAGUAAAAUCAGAGGGAAAGAACUUACAAGAUUCCCUGGCCUUGUUCUCAUGCAAUGUGAUAAAUUAAUUUAAAUUAAUUAAUUAAUUUCAUUAAUUAAUAAAAUGAAAUGAAAUGGCAAGGCCUAAAGGGGAUUCUUACUAAAAAUGAUUCAGUAUGUUUGUUUGUUUGUUUGUUUUACACCAGUUUUAGCUAUAGGAUUUUCAUAGAUAUGCUUGUUUCAUCCAGAUCGCUUGACUAGAACUAGUGCCAGUUGAUUGUGCUUAUUUUAGAAAGUCAACUAGUUGCUGUCUCAGAAUAAAUCAGUAGCAGAAUUUCUCUGAUUAUAUAAACAUCAGAUGGUGAGCAUGUCUCUUUAAUCUGAGAAUGACACCCUGGAGUAUUAUUCUCUUUAUUCUGCUCAGCUUUAUGUAAUUCUAGGGCUGGAACCUUAGCUAUCACCAGGCCCACUGUUGAAUUUGCAGAAGGGGAAACUGAGGCCCCGGGGGGGAAGGGAUUUGCCCGGGACCCCACAGCCAUUUGGUGGCAGAGUUAGAUGUCCUGCCUCCCAGUGCCACAUCACUCCCCUGCCCAGGGCUCAGCUUAUGCGUAUCAGCUGUUGAAUGCACUUUGGCUAUGAAUCCCAGUGUGCUUCCGUCAGCACAGUGGCUGACUCUUGGAUUAAGGAGUGGAUUAGCUGAGAGGAGAAAUUCAAACAGAAACCUCUUUGGGGUUUUUACGCAGGAUAAACUGUACUAUAGGGAUUUCAUAGGGGAUUUCUUUAGUACUAUUCAUAUUCUUCCAUGAAGCCGAAACCUAAACCAGAAAGCAAGCAGCUUCUUUGUUCUGUAGUAAACAAUUUAGCUGACUUAGUAGAACAUUUGUUUGCACCACAAAACCACCCUUUCCCUUGGAGUUACCUCCUCUUCCCUAUGUACACAACACAUGCACACGCACACACUCUCUCUCUCUCACACCUCACACUCCCAACAUUAGCCCUGUGUUGACCGCGUCCAAGACAGUGAGUGCGUCUUCUCAGGAUCGCGCAGAAGUUGGCCUCAUUCCCCUACUAGAAGUGGUCCUCCCUGGUGAUGGCGAUUUAUUUGCCUGACAGUGUGGAAGAGAGAGGGAGGGAACUAGCACAUCUGAGCCAGGCGGUGUUGUAAACUUGAGCCAACCCUCUCUAUUUACCAAUCUAGUUGUAAUCAUUUUCCUUCUUUUAAUCUUUUUUGUAAGGUGCUUGAAGUGCUUUGGUAGUGCCAUGCAAAUGGAGUUGAUUGUCGCUAAUGAUAAUACUGUACAUGUUGUAUGCUAGUGAUUUGCAUCUAUUUGAUUUAAUGAUCUAUGCGUAUUGUGUAUUUCCUGCAUUGUGAAACAUAUGUAG